GCCGGCCUUGCAGAUGGGUUUGACUCGCUAGUGCAGCCACUAGCAUUGAUUUCUGCCUCUCUCCCUCCGCACGACACGUUUCCAGGAGGAAAACGCCCGUCCGCGAUGACAGUAGUGGGUGGACUGGCAGACAAAGUCAGCCAGCUAAUUUCAGAACCGGUUCCUGUGCAGGCCGACUGGCUUGCAAGUUUCAGUUCCUGCACAGCACAGUAGAGCGGCUCGCUCGGUCAGAGGAUUGCAAUGAAACCGGCUCAGGAGCGCAACCAGGAGUGGCUGCCUCCUAAGAAGAGGGACCUCCCAAUUAGCAACAGCAGUGGAUCUGGGGGGGCAGGGGGAGGUGGGGUCGCGGGAGGUGGCCGCCCUGCUAGCAGGGGUGUUGUUGGAGAAGAUGAAGCGGUUUCCAUCCAGAAUUCUGUAGCCAACAGCGACACUCAGGGAGGGACCCAAGGAGAGUGGAUGCAAGCUCAAGCAGGUGUUCAUUAUGGGGCGGAUAAUUCAGAGAGCAUAUCUGCCGUGCCCGUCGACCACUAUAGUAUGCUUUACAAAGUAGCUGUUCCAUCUGUUACUUACUCACCUACCAGUCUUCACCCAGUGUUAAGCCACAUUUCUCCAGCUUAUACCGUACACUCUCCUCUUCUGCAGCAUCCAGGCAUCCCCUACCCUCCUCUCGGUUAUGCACAGAUCCCUCAUUCACCUCUCCAGUUUGUUAGCUCCCCUUAUGCUGCAGUACCUUACGCUCUACCCCCUGGCAUUGUCCCAGGAUCAUUGAUCUCUCCCUCAGGCGCCAUACCUCAGCCCCAUGCUGUAUCCCACCUGGUUCCUUACCCAUCUGUCAUACAGGAAGGUGUUGUUUCCCCACCCCCCCAAGCUCAGGUAGCUGCUCAUACCUUUGCCAAAGUCGCAGCGUCUGGUGGUGUCCCACUGAUACUAUCUUCAGAGCAAGCUGCCCAGCAGCACCUCGGUACUGUUGGAGUCGUACCAGCAACAGAGUUCAGCUCCAGAGGAAUGCCUGUUUUCUACCACCCUCAGGGCGGCAGGGAUGCCUCUGCCCCCAGAGACUACCAGAGCUCCCAGCAGGAGAACGAAGCCGAGUUGAACGGAGGAGAUAAAGAGCAGGGCGUUAGAGAGGGCAUACCAGACUCUGCCUACUCGGCCAGAAAAGCACAUCUGCAGCAGGUAGCGUCCAGCUCUGCGGCACAAGAGCACAGCCAAGAGAGAGUCCUGCAGAACCGACGGCUGGAAGGCAGAAGCUCACCUGGUCAGCGCAGCACUCCUGACAGCGAUCUGGAGGUGCAGCAAGUGGUUGGCCGUUUAGCUCCUUUAAGCCAAGGAGGUAGUGGAGUGCGUAAAGAGGUCUCGUUUGCUCCCUUGAAUCUCUGUCAGGGUGGCCAGAGAUCCAGAGAUGUUCACGGAGAGAGCAAAGGAGCAGCUUCUAGCAGGACGGUGUUUGGAUCUCAGCCAUCAAUUUACAAUGAUCAUAAAGUGGCUGGUCUCCAGCUACCCGCCGGACAACCAGCCCAGCUCAUGCUCGCCAACGGGCAACCAGUUCUUAUUCCCCUUGACUAUCACCCGCAGCAUCAGCCACAACCACUGCAGCAACACUAUCAAGGGCAGAUUGCCAGCGCCUUGGCCAGCCAUGCUUCUGUCACCAUGGCCUCCCCUGACCUUAGCUUUAAAGCUUCUGAUUCUACAGCCAGAGUGUGCCUCCCCGAAAAGACGGAGCUGAUCGCAGCCCCGCAACAUCAGGCUCUCUUACAGCCAUUAGUCCAACCUACGACAGAUCUGACUCAGUCCGUAGCGUCAAGCCUCACUCCCGCCCCGACUCCCAGCAACGCGUCACACUUCAUGAAGGGUGCUAUUAUUCAGCUGGCCACCGGGGAGCUGAAGCGCGUGGAAGACCUGCAAACUCAGGAUUUUGUGCGAAGUGCCGAGGUGAGCGGGGGGCUUAAGAUCGACUCGAGCUUGGUGAUGGACAUCCGUCCCAGCCAGCAGAGGCCAGGCCUUGUGUCGCUUCAUUUUACCGUGGGGGAGCAGCAGAGCAAAGUGACAAUCGACGUACCUCCCGAGCACCCUUUUUUUGUAUUUGGCCAGGGAUGGUCAUCUUGCAGCCCUGAACGUACAGUCCAGCUCUACGGCUUGACUUGUCAUCAUCUACAGGUCGGGGACAUGUGUGUGUCCAUUACUCUGCAGCAGCAGCAGCUUCAGUCUCAGCAGCAAAAACAACCACAGAAACAUCAAUCGCAGCAGCAGCAGCAGCAGCAGAAUUUUUCCAGGACUUUCAGCAAAACCAGUGCUACAUCAGGACCUGGUCACCAGCUCAUGGGGCCCCCCGCCCCUCAGCAGUCACGACCUCAGUCUCAUUUCAGGACUGACCGCGUCCACAGGCAGAGGGACGGUGAGAAAGAUGUGGUGGACGAGGAAGAAGUUACACAUUUGGGUGUUGGACACAUGGACGCAGCGGUCAGAACAAGUAGGACCUCUGCAGAGCAUCCAAGAAGUCGGAGCAGUUAUCACUUGCACACAGAGGGCUCUGCUUUUGCAGAAGCAGGCGUGGCCACAAUGCAAGCUUCACUUGGUUCCUCUCAGAGACGCUGGUCUUCACCCGGCCUCCAAAGAUACGGUAUGAAAGGAGAUGAAGUGCCACGUCCUCAGAUAAUCAACUCUGGCCACACAAGGCCUUCUUUUAUCACCCAGGAGGUCAAACUGUCCAUAGAGGGGCGCUCUAAUGCAGGGAAGUAGCUUAAAAUCUGGUAGCAGAUAUAGGAGAGACUGCCACGAGUAAGACUGAGUCUGACAAGGAGAGAAAGAGGGGGAAAAAAAGAGUGUGAAUGUAGCCUCAGAAUGUUUGAGAUUUUGCACACCUAAAAAUAUACAAAAACAAAUCUUUAUCUGUUCUGGUGAGGAAUUCUGGUUCGGUUGCAACUUGGCCAAAGAACACACACCUUUGGUUUUCCCAGCCUGCUGAGGUCUAACAGGGACAUGAAAUGCUGAGAAGAAAGUGCGUAGCCGAUAAAAUGCCUGUCAUUGUUCUUGCAUACUGCUUUUCUCUUCCUCCCUCCCCCUUUGUCUCCACUUGCUCAUACCCACACCGGGAGGUUACCAUCACAUACACGACGCUUUAGCUUCACUUCUUGACCACAGACUACUAAAGUGUGUGUAGCAGCAUAGUAAAGCCACCACUUCUGAUCUAAAAAAAGAAACUCAGUGUCAUCGAUCUUGUUUCUGUAGCUCCCAGGAUUCUCUCUCCAUCUAAAGUAUUCACCCACAAAAGAUUGGGACAUCACAGCUCCUGUGAUGAUGAUGUCACUAUUGACGCCAACUGUCCAUGUUAAUGUUACAUUGUGCUUCUCCAGCAGGAGUUAAAACCUCUGCUGUCAGCAGAGACGCUUUCUUCCCCCGUUCCUUGUCAGUAUGCCAGUUUGUGAAGAUGGGGCUCCUCUCUCAGGCCAAGUGUGACAUUUCCCACUUGUCUUACAAUCAAAAAAACAAUCAUUUCGUUCAGGAAUCCAUUUCCUCUUCCCUGAUUUAUGAUGAGGGCCAUAUUACAUGUAUUUGCAUAAAUGUCAGAAAUUGUUCUCCCCAAUAAGAGUCACCUUGCAUUCCAGUGUCAUCGGUGAGAAUAGCUAUCAUCUAGAGUUUCCUUUCAUCCCUCCCCAUCCUCCUCUUCGUAACUUUACCUCAGCACUUUCCCAACCAGACUGGUGAACCUCAGUGCAAUUUGAAACAGUGUAAUUAAUGCAGGAAGCACUGGCUGGUUAUCACCAAAGCCACCUGUGGGAAUGAAGCCGACAUUAACCCCCCCCCAACCUAGACCUCAGUCUAGUGGUUUGCCUUGAAUGAAAGCUGUGUAUGCGAUUGAAGAAGUGAUGAGGUGACUCUUUGUGCUGAACUUGAGUUAGUCUUUUCUCAGUUACCAAUUGAAAGCAAUAGUUCUUUUCAAAGCACUGCCCUUCCCCAGGAAUUUCAUCGUGUAUCUGAGGUGAAAGAUCACACUCUCCUCUGACUCGAUGUUAAAAGAUGAUGCACUAUGUUAGCCUUCCUUUUUAUUCAUUCACUUCUAGUUCCACAAAAGCAAAGCAUGGCUUUAGCAAAUUUCUCAAGAAAUCACUGAUGAUCUUUUUUUUAUUUAUCUUUUUAUUUUGUCCUCCAUCUCAUUGAUGAUAAUUGAUUAUUGUCAUUAGGAAUUUUACUCAAGUGCAUCUCAAAGAGAAGCCUGACUCGAAGUUCUGGUCGGUUUAUUUUCUUUAUAUUUGUUUAAAGUGUGUGCUCCUUUCUGCUUGUAUUAAGGGUAUCCUUUGUCCAGUUGAUCUGAAGAUUGUCUUGUAUUGCACAGAUGGCACUCAUUGAUUUCACACUGACUUUGAAAUAGGAAUCACAGUACAUUAGAUGUUUAGUUUUUUUUCUAUUUUAUUUUAUGAAGGGAACAUGUUCGAAGUAGAUUCAUUGGUGUUUUGUGGGAAGAGGUUUGAAAAAAAAACUGACUUGUUUUACUGUUUACAAACUAUCCAAGAUGAAUGCUGCAGUUUCUUCCUUCUGACAUAUUUUUAUCUUGGAGGGGAAAAAAAAGGUUGAAAUUUGAAAAUAAGUGCAAUUAGAUCAUAUUUAAAGGUUUAUAAUUAGAGAACAUUCCUCAUGCAGACAUUCCCAUCAGAAAGUGCAUAUAACACAAGUUUUCUUUCUUUGUGGCCAUUGAUCUAUGGGCUACCUCUGGCAAAAGCCAAUGACUCCUAAAGACAAAUAAUACACCAGUUAUCUUUGCGUAUGAUGUGGUUGUCAUUAUAAGAAACAUGGGUGCACAUUUUCCUUUGUUCUGAUGUAAAUUGUUAACAGUUAUGGCACACACCCCACCAGCCAUCAGCCACUGUAAUCAUUCCUUAGUCCAGAAAGGCUGUCUGAAACUUCCUUCCUGAUGCUACCGCUGUGUAAAAGAUGAAGGGGAGUCUGUGCAAAUCUAGUGUGUUUAGCUGAAGUAUAUCAUAUAGUCCACUCUUGUGCAGUUAGGCAAGAAAAAAAGCUCAACCAGGGAAUUUUAUGCCAAAAUAACCACCUUGGAGGAACGAUCUCCUAGCAGUGAAGGCUUGUGCUGGAUCCAGCUGACUUUUAAAAUUAAUUUCAGAAGAGUAAAAUGUGGAUCUUGCUCCAUAUCCCACAAUCCAACCAGUUACGGCUUUAACUUUGAUAAGUCUACAGAAGGCAUAUUCAUCAACAUUUUUCGACAAACUAAAAAUGCAUGAUGGCCAUGUCAGUAAUUUACUCUGAAAGCAGUGGAUGUAAUCUCCCUCAGAUCUUUUGAUUUCAUGGUUGGUUGUUUCUUCAAAAAGAGGAAGGGUGUGUUUUUUGUGGACAGCUUUGAGUUGUUCCAGUCUAUUCUUAAAUGUGUAGGUUACCUGAAUCUGGAAGGUGUCUUUAUUCUGCCAGUGUGGACAAGAGGAAUGAAUGCAGCAUUAACUCCUUCAGUGUCAUGUAGAGAUGUUCUGUUUUGGUUCUUUUGUUUUCUUACUACGUUUAAUUUUUUUUUUACCAUCAGGUGUUCGCUGCAUUUCUUUUAAUGCCACAACGCAACCUGCAUCAAAAUGAAAACAUUUCAUGUAGUCUUGGCAUUUUCUAUGCAGUAAUCUCAGUACUGUUCCUCUCGUCUUAAGUAUGGCUCUGAAGCGUCGCUGCAGAUCGGUCAGUGCGCUCAUUUUAUACUGAUGUCUGCUUUUAGGAGUUUUACUUUUAAAUUGCCCUUUUUACAUAGAACUUCAAAGUACUGUGUUGUUUGCCACUUGCUGUUUGAAUGCUCAGUGAUCCUCAUCUUUCGACGGUCCGCUUAACCUUGAUGCCACACAGUCGAUACCAAAUCAGUCACUCAAACUUUCAUGUGUUGAACCAAUGUUAGUUUGGCCCGAUUUACCAGCCACUUUAAUUUUGUAUUUUAGGUCAAAAUGUAUUUAAUGGGAUUUACAUGGUGCAAGCAGUGCCACCUGUGACUUUACCUCCUGUUUAUUCUCACAGCAAGACCAUCCUGUGCUACUAUGAGCCUUUUUUUUUUUUUUUGCUUUUUGCUCUGAGAGGUGUGUCGUGUUUAGCAGAAAAGUCUACUUAAACAAAGAUGUCUAAUGAAUUUUAUCCACAUCACUGAUGGUCUGUUAUUGUGAUUGCACUAAAUGUCCUUCCUCACAGUGUUUUUAAAAUGAAAACUGUUGGUAAAUUGAAGAGUUUCAAAUGUAAAGAACACAAAAUCAUGGACAAAUCCCAGGUUUUGUGCAUCUGUAGAUAUAAUUUUUGUGUGUGUGUGUGUAAAUAGCUCUGAAGAUGCUUGUCCAUAAUGCCUUAAAUUCUGCUUCGUACAAUUUAUGAAACAGAAAUAAUAGAGUAACAUUUCUGGUAGAUUUGGUGUUCCUUUUCAGGUUUUACAGGAGCAAAUGAGAAUCUUAUCAACACGAUUUCACUCACGUAAUUCUAAUGGCUCCACAAUUAAGUCUGAAAUUUUUGCUUGUUUAUCAUUAAUCAGUUUUCCUUUCAGUUAAAAAGUUUGAUUUCUUUAUACUCAAGCUUAACAUUUAAUUUGCAGUUUUUAACUGUAUGGAAAUGAAAAAUCUAAACUUUUCUUAGCACUUUUCCUAGAAGAACGAUUCCAAGGCUGUCCAUUGUGGAGGGUUACCUGUUUACUCCACUCAUUCAUAAGUAGACGUGCAGGUCAGAUUACUUUUUUUUUUCUUUGUUUUUUUAAAAAUCUUUACUUAAUGGAUUUGUAUCGGUGUCUUGUGCUCUGUCCCAAAGUCUCUUGACAACAGAAGGUGAAUUUAAAUUAGCAAAAGGCUGCACAAAUUGGAUAGCUUUCCAUUAGUGAUCAUGUGACGGUUUAUUAUAUCAGGUGAUGUUUUUUAUGAGCUGCGUACUGUCAAUCCAGGAUUGAAUAGCAGAGGUGAAUUUAAGACGGUUUUUGUGUUGCUAUUGUUGACUUAAAUCAGGAGAGUGCGAACGGUUAAAAGUUUUAAAGAAAUCUGCGUAUUUUCAGAUUUGACACUUUUUUUUUCUCCUGCACAAAUUGCUUUCAUAUGUGACGUAACUCCUGAAAACAAAACAGCAUGGUUUUUUUUUAUUUCUUUUAAUGCCUAAAUCUGCAAAAUAUAUGCAAUUAUAUAAAUGUAACAUUCAAUCCUCAAGUAUAAUCCAGGUUGUAUGAACUUUGUAUAGUGAGUUUUAAUAUCGUAUGGCCGUACCAAUAUGUAUUGAUCUCUAUCAGAAGCCUUAGAGUUGUCAACCCAAAGUGCUCCCUUAGAAUGCCCCACACCUACCUGACUUUAACAAAGCAUUAAUAUCUCUAUUUUGUUGAAUUUUUAUUUGUACCCUUUUUGAAUAAAAUAGAUUUGUACUGUAUAUUUGUACCUCUCUGUGAACUACUUAGAGCAGUUUUUUUUGUUCUUUUUGUUUUUUUUUGUUUUUCCGUUUUUAAUUUUAUGUACUUUAAGGACACAAAGAUAUUGUAUUUUUAUUGUUACAGCUAACUUG